AUGGCCGCCGCACCGCAUCAACCGCCUCGCCAAUACGUCGACAACGAAGGAUAUGUUGGAUCUUUGAACGCCAUCCCAGGAAGUGCCGCCGACCCGCAGCAAGACUACGACCAGGCCGAGGACUACGACGACUUGUUCGAGCCCUCCGACGAUGAUCUCUCAGACGAUGAGCUCGCCGCUUCAAAUCCUCAAGACUACACAAAAGCAUAUAAUCGGCAGAAGAGGAUCAACGAUGGCUCAAUACCAGAAUCGCAGAAACCCAAGACGAAUCCGCAACUUAAUACAAAAGCCAACAUAGACGAUCAGAUAAAGUCGCUAUCGAAACACACUACAAAACUACGACUAAACGAAAUGGAGGGUGGUAUCUCAAAACAGCAUCAAGGUGCAGAGAAGAGCGAUCGGGCAACGAGCGAGCAGGUGUUGGACCCAAGGACAAGGAUGAUACUGCUGCAGAUGCUGAACAGAAAUAUCGUGUCCGAGAUCAAUGGCGUGCUAUCUACUGGUAAAGAGGCCAACGUAUACCACGCGGCUACAAUACCUCAAGAUCAAGAAGGCGAGGCCGCAGUACAGGUGCUCAAUCGGGCAAUCAAGGUCUACAAGACAAGCAUUUUGGUAUUCAAGGACCGGGACAAAUAUGUCACCGGAGAAUACAGGUUCCGAUCAGGCUACAACAAGUCCUCGAAUCGAGCCAUGGUGAAGGUCUGGGCCGAGAAAGAAUUCCGUAAUCUCAGGCGUCUAUAUUCUGCUGGCAUACCUUGCCCUGAACCGGUGUACUUGAAAGCACAUGUCCUGGUCAUGGCAUUUCUCGGCAACUCGAAAGGUUAUCCAGCGCCAAGAUUACGAGACGUCGAAUUCGAUCUGGCGGAAGACCAGAUCGUAUCGCGGUGGAGCGAGAUCUACCUCGAUCUCCUUGGCUACAUGCGGAAGAUGUAUCAAGUCUGCCGACUUGUACACGCAGAUCUGUCAGAGUACAACUUGCUCUACCACAAACAGCGACUCUAUGUGAUAGAUGUGAGUCAGAGUGUGGAACCCGAUCACCCCAGAUCGCUAGAGUUUCUGAGGAUGGAUAUCAAGAACAUCUCGGAUUUCUUCAGACGGAAAGGAGUGGAUGUACUUUCUGAACGAGCCGUCUUCGGCUUCAUCACGGCAGUAGAAGGUAGCUCUGAGGAACCAGGCAUGAAAGAAACUCUUGAGAAGCUGUACGAGGUUCGGGCCCAAAGUGGCGAGGAGACUGGUGCCGCGGAAGACGACGUGGUAUUCCGACAGCAGUAUAUUCCUCAAAACCUGCAACAGGUCUACGACGUUGAGCGCGAUGGAGACAAAAUCAAGGAGGGCGGUGCAGGGUCGCUACCGUACCAAGAUCUGCUUGCUCAACAAGCAACAAAGCAUGGCGAUCACGACGACGCCGAGUCUGGAGAUGCCGAAGACGACGACGAUGAGGAUUCCGAGGACGACGAUGAUGAUGAUGGCUUUAGUGAUUCGAAGGAAAAGCGUCCACCACGAGGCAAGAAACACGAAGACAAAGACGCAAAGAAGGCGCACAAGGCGGCCGUGAAAGAGGAGAAGCGCGAGAAGCGAAAGGAGAAAAUGCCCAAGCAUGUGAAGAAGAAACUUGUCAAUCAGGGCUCGAGAGGAAAGAAGUAG